AUCGAUAAUCCACCCUAUGAGUCACGUGGAUUACGUACCAACCGAACAGUGAUCUGUUGGGUGGGUGAUAUCCGGUCUGGAUCCCGUACGUACGUUUUAACCCCGAAUUAUAAAUUGGUCAAGGAGGUAUAUCUUAGAGUUCUUCUAGAUAUCCUUAAUAAUCAUCAUCAAUUUUCCAAGUGGGUAUAUCUUAGAAUUGAUCAAAGAAUGGAAUUCAAUCUUUUCAAGAUUGAAAAGAUUGAUCAAUCUUUUCAAAGAGUGGAUGCUGUUCCUCCCAUGAAGGAUAAGGGCAAAGGGGUUUUGAAUGAUUGGACCACUGUGCAUCGUAAGGGCAAGCCUCCAAAAUCAAAAGUUACGUGGGUUCAAAAGCCCUCCAUGCCACAAGUCAAUCCAUGCAUGCCAUGCCAUGAGGAAUCUUCUAAGGCUGGUGCUAGGCAUAGGCCGGAGGUUCAUUUCAUCGGGUCAAAAGAGGUGAUUUUUCUGGACAAUAAUGGCCUUGCCUAUUCCUCUUUUGAUCCUACUAAUCCUGUAGUUGAGCCCACCUCCAGUCAGAACGUCUCUCUUGAUUUGUUCCUUUGGAACCAAUCCAAAUUUGAGGUUCUUGAUGUGUUAGACCAUGCUCAGAUUACACACUUCAAAUUGAGGGAUGUUCUGAAUAAUUUCAGCUUCACUAUUAGUGGUAUUUAUGGUAGUCACUCUACUGCUGAAAGGAAAGCUCUUUGGAAUCAUAUUGAAGCCUUUAACAAUAGCUCUCUGCUUCCCUGGUGUCUUGGGGGAGAUUUUAAUACAAUAUCUGAUCUCCUUCAUCAUAAAGGAGCUAGGCUUCCAGAUCUUGAAGCUAUUGAUGAUUUUAGUAGCUGCAUUUCAAAUUGUAACCUCCUUGAUUGUAAUUUCAGUGGACCUUCCUUUACAUGGCAUGGCGUUCGUAGUAAUGGUAAUGUUUGGAGACGCCUUGAUAGGGUUUUCUUUAAUGCUGGUUGGGCAGAUCACUGGGACAACAAGUACAUGCAUCACCUUGCCAAAGGAGGAAGUGAUCAGGGACAUCCCAUUCUCUUCAGCUCCAAGCUUGUGGUCAGGGACAUUCCUAAAUCCUUUAGAUUUCAGAAUAUGUGGCUUUUAAGGGAGGACUUUAUACAAUUUUGCAAGGAAAGUUGGGAGGAAGUUCCUGUCUUUGGUGGAAUGAGAUGUUUGUUCAAUAAACUCCAACACCUCAAAGCCAAACUCUCAUCUUGGAAUAAGGAUCAGUUUGGCAAUGUAUUUGAUAAGGCAGAACCAUCUGCUUCUCCUGAUCUCUAUGAACAAUUCCUUGAUGCCAUCCCUUCCUUGGUUGAUCAAAGGCAUAAUGAUUACCUUAUGUGUCUACCUACUGAAGAGGAGAUCAAACUUAUCAUUUGGGAAAUGGAUCCUAAUUCAGCAGCUGGCCCCGAUGGUUUCAACAUUACCUUCUUCAAAUGUUGUUGGGAUUUUAUUAAAAGUGAUGUGGUUUCUGCCUGCCAGGAGACCAUUAACUAUGGUAAAAGCAGUUUCAUGUCUGGCUCCAAAUUUAAUUCCCUUACAAUCACCAAACUUGAGAAACUAUUGAUGAUGCCUCAUAAAGGCUUUCCUUUCACUUAUCUUGGAGUGCCUAUUGAUUUGGGGAUCACCAAGAAGAGUCACUGCUCUUUCCUUAUCCAAUCCUUUGACAACAAGCUUAAUGGAUGGUUUCAAAAGAAUUUGGAUCAAGCUGGACGUUUGGUGUUGAUCAAACAUGUUUUAAACACCAUUCCAAAUUACUUUUUAGCUGCCAACACCAUCCCUAAAGCCAUCUCUCAUCUGCUUAAGCAAAAAAUGGCUAGACUCUGGUGGGGUGGUGGCACUAGCAAACAUCACUGGAUUUGUUGGAAGAAGUUGUGCUAUCCUAUGGAAGAGGGAGGCCUUGGCAUUAGAGACCUCAAUAGCCUAGAGAAUGCUUUCAGUCUUAAACUUUGGUGGAAAUUUUAUCAAGACAAUGGGCUAUGGGCUAAGCUUAUGAGGGCUAAAUACUGGAGAAAUGGAGACAUCUUUGAGACUCUAACAGAUUCUCCUGUUUGGAAGAGGAUUUCUAGGGCUGAUGAAACUGCGUCCAAUGCUUGUUCCUUCAUUGAAGAUGGUUCAGUGGUCUGGUCUCCUGAGGCCAAUGGAUUAUUUUCCCUCAAAUCUGCUUUUGAUCUCUGCAGACCUGCAUCUCCUAGUCAUGCCUCCUUCAAACACCUUUGGAUGAAACCACAAAAUGCUAAGGUAGGGGUUUUCACUUGGAAACUAUUCAAACGCUGCCUUCCUUUACCAGAAAAUCUCCAAAGGCUCUGGACUACUGAUCCAUGGCUUGCUGCAAAACAGUUGCUGCCUUCUUUCCCUAAGGCCCCUAAAGUACGCGUUGUCAAAUGGUUAGCUCCUCCAAAGGGACGUCUUAAGAUCAACAUUGAUGCAUCUUUCACUCCCAUGUCCAAUAGAGGUGCAGCUAUUUUGCGUGAUGACGAGGGUAGAUUUGUGCGUGCAGCUUUGUUCCUCAUUUCAGGCUCCACCCCUUACCAAGCUGAACUGGAUGCAGCAAUCAAAGGAGUUCAAUGGGCACUUUCGUUUCAUCCCUUGCUCGUUUAUGAAACGGAUGCCUUGGAAAUUUUAAGGAGACUUGGCCAUUACACUCAUUACGCUUUCUCUCCUUUCCCGAUUGACAUUCUGGCCAAACUAAUUUUUGAGAAUGAUAUAUUGAAAUCACAUACUCUUCGCGAGGAAUCUCAGAUGGAUUUCGCAGAGCCUCCCCUGAUCUUUACCCGAACGUACAAAGCUGCUACCAGCCCUUUGAUCCUGGUUUAUCGUCUAACGAAGGUAAGAUUUCAUCGCCUAACAGAGAUGACUAUUGGCUUCCAAUCCGGGAUGACAAUCGGCGUAGAAGCUCAGAUCGGCGCUCAAUUCAAGGAAGGAGGAGCCCAAUCCGAGAACCCUAUCAACAUAUUGGUGAAAAUAUCACAAGCGCCAAUCAUAGAUUUGACGGUACAUCUAGACAUUCAGACUUCAUCCACGGAAACCUUCUGGAAUACCGAAAGAGAAGUUGCAUUAUUUGGCUUGACUCUGAUUUACUUAGUUGAGAAGAGGACUUUGAAAGUGGGUAGGGAAUCUGAUUUCAUAAGUAUCUCUGAAUCCAGAAUGGAAGGCACUCGGUCAAUCUCCCUGCCAACAGGUAAGAACAACCUUUUGUUAUGGAAAUUCAUCUCCAACCUUCAACAUUUCCAUAGCAGCAGCUCGGAGAAGCAGAACAUUAGUACCAAACCAUCCAAGGACCUUCCAAAUAGGAAUGAAGAGAACAUCCAAUCUCCACUACAUCUGCGGCAGAACAUCAACACAACAGACCAGCAGAAAUCCAGUGUCACUCCAAUGACUUUCCAGUUUGCAAACCAGCAGAACAACUGCGGAAACCUGUCUACAGCAGAAUCGGAUUACGCAACCGGUCGGGUAGAAUGGCUCCCUAGUGUUCACAAGCCAUACAACCUUGAUAUCUCUUUAACCACUUCCUUGCUCUGUUGGGAAAGGCGGCACAGUAGGAGGCCUGGCCGGCGGCAGCCUACCUGGCCGCCAGUCAGGUUGGCGGCGGCGGACAAAUCAGCAGCAGCAAGAGGGAGCGCCGGCGGGCUGGCAGGCUGCAGCCUACCUGCCCGCCUGUCGACGGCGACCAGUAGUCCGGCGAGAUCAGGAGAGUUCCUCAGCGGCGGCGGCGGGCUGGCCGGCGGCCGCUGGGAAAACGAAUGGAAGCCAUCACAAUGAGCCUUGCCAGUUUUCGCACUCAAAAAGUGUUUUAAUGCAUAAAAUAAUGUUCUAUUAAAAAUAGCUUUUUAUUUCUAAUCUUGGCCAAAUUUUUAACUUUUUAUGAUCAUUAAAAUCUUGCCUCUCAUCAUAUGCUUCACACUAAGUGUGAGGAAGAUUGACAUACUUUGAUUUUUCUACUUGGAUCCCGCAUUUGGACCUCGAGGGCGAGGUCCAGCUUAAGUGUGAGGGGGUAGAAUAUCAGGUAUGAUUAUAUUCUAGAAAAUGAUUUUCUUGAUCAAUAAUCAAUUAAUGAAUUUAGUAUUCAAUU